AAGCUUGACAGCAUGAUGCCUCUUUUUAGCCUUGGUUUCAUAUCUUUGUUGGUUUUUGCAAUUGCCCAUAAAAAUCCGCAUUAUGUCGGUAAUAGAACUUCCAUGGUUCACUUAUUCGAAUGGAAAUUCAGUGACAUUGCCAAAGAAUGUGAAAACUUUCUCGGUCCGAUGGGCUACGGUGGUGUACAAGUUUCUCCCAUAAAUGAGAAUCUUGUGAUAAACGGCAGACCAUGGUUCGAAAGAUAUCAGCCGAUUUCUUAUAAAAUUAUCAGUCGAUCCGGAAACAAAUCCGAAUUUAGUAAUAUGGUGCAAAGAUGUAACAAGGCUGGUGUGCGAAUAUACGUCGAUGCGGUUAUCAAUCACAUGACAACAAAUGCACAACCCGCGUACGGCACCGGUCAUACAUCAGCACAACCAAAUAAGCUUCGUUAUCCAGGAGUUCCGUAUAGUUCUAAGGACUUCAACCAUCCAACAUGUACUAUUCAGAAUUAUAACAACGCUACUGAAGUUCGCAACUGUGAGCUGUCUGGUCUUCACGACCUUAAUCAGAGCAAAUUGAACGUCCGAAAGAAAAUAGUUCAAUUUCUUAACAAACUCAUCGAUUUUGGAGUCGCUGGCAUACGCAUUGAUGCCGCCAAACACAUGUGGCCAAAUGAUCUUAAUGUUAUUUACAAAGAAAUAAAAAAAUUAUCUCCUAAGAAUGGAUUUCCGCGAAAUGCAGAGUGUUACAUCUAUCAAGAAGUCAUCGAUCUCGGUGGUGAGGCCGUCAAUAAGUUUGAGUACAAUGACUUUGCAAAUGUCAUCGAAUUUUUGUAUGGUAUCAUCUUGGGUAAAAUGUUCCGUGGUCAAGACAGUUUGACGAGACUUGAAACUUUCAAUGACACAGACACUUGGAAAUUAAUACCUUCCGGCGACGCUUUAAUUAUGAUUGACAAUCAUGAUAAUCAGAGAGGUGCCGGUGGAGCUACUAUUUUGACACAUAAGGAUCCGAAACCGUACAAGAUGGCAGUAGCCUUUAUGCUUGCCCAUCCCUAUGGUUAUCCUCGAAUCAUGAGUUCCUUCGCCUUUACUGAUCCCAGUCAAGGACCACCAGCAGAUUCAUAUGGCAGCAUCAUUUCGCCUAAAAUCGUCAAUGGUGAGUGCAUCAACGGUUGGGUCUGCGAACACAGAUGGCCGCAGAUUUAUCGCAUGGUCCAAUUUCGUAAUCUGGUAAACGGCGAAAAGAUACAGAAUUGGUGGAGCAAUGGGAAGAAUCAGAUCGCUUUCUCCCGCGGUGCCAAAGGUUUCGUUGCCUUUAACGUUGAAGGCAAUAAUCUACUUAAAAAGUUGCAAACCGGAUUGCCUGCAGGAACAUAUUGCGAUGUUAUAACUGGAGAAGCCAUCAACGGCCGUAGCAAGUGCAGCGGAAAAUCGGUGCAAGUUGGUAACGAUAGUACCGCUUUGAUUGAGAUUCUAUCAAAUGAGCCGGAAGGAGUACUUGCCCUUCAUAUUCAGGCGAAACUGUGAGACAUACGUGCAGAUUAAUAAUAAACUUAUAAACGCA